AUGCCGGCAAAAGAAAGCACGGUCUCAGUCGACGCCUGUUCUGACUUAUUUCAGGUGCCACUGCUGAUCGGAUACGGUGUAGCCGUCAAAGACACGAGCUCCUGUCAAGAUCUGCUGGCACUUCCGGUAGAGAACGAGUCGACCAAGUGCCUCACAGACGGCUGCGGCUGCCGCAUCGUUGUCGAAGAGGUUGUAUGGCAGGUGCUGAAUCCGCAGCCCGAUGGGUCUGCCGGCAUCGAGUAUCGCGCCCGCAGCCUUACACCUGGCUUGCUUCGCUGGAUGGACCAGGCGGUCGGCUUCCUCGAAGGUCGAGAAGAGCUGGAUGCAAGCUUUCGCGAGCUCUGGGGGUCCCUCAGCGAGUCCUCAGAGGUUUUGGCCGAGCUGUGCCCUGAGGCUGCAGAGAUCGUGUCAUUGCUUUGGUCCACCAGCCAGGCACUGUCGGCUUGCUGGUAUGGUACCUCUCACCACUUCGAUGAGGCACCGCCUGCCUCGCCGCGGCUGGAAUUCGCUUGGCGUUCGCUGCGCGGCCUUUGCGACCAGCGCGAUCUUCUGGAAAGGCUUUCGUUGAACUUGGUGAACGGACAUCGUGGUGGAGCUUGGAGCAGGCCGUUUUGGCAGCCACUGGCCGGUGCCCGCCCCCUCAACGACAUCGCCACCUUCUCCUCUGCAGCACGCGCCUCGUCGCUGCAGCACUCCCAAGUGGGGGCAGAGAUUUGGAGGCUUGCUUUCCUGGACUGGAGCAUGUUCCUUCAAAGUUUGGAAGAGGCCUGGCCUGCCGGCUCGACACUCUACUGGUUGCAAGAGCAAGAGAAACCUCCUGUCCCGAACGUCUCUGCAGGUUGUGAUGCACUGUACUAUGUUGGGUUCCCUGCCGCGGUUCAGAUGGACUGGCUUGUGUUCACCAUCUCCCUGUCAGCCUACUUGCUCCAGCAUGGCUGGGAUGGCUGCUUCCUCACAGGUUCUGUGGAGCACCUCCUGGCCGACCUGAGGGGCACUCCUGCCGAGCUCUCCUGCAUCAUUCGGCAGCAUUCUGCCACCCUUCGCUUUUGUGCGAGGGGUCACAGGGUUGCGGAGUCUUGGAAAGCUUUGGCUUUUGCCAUGAGCCUCGUCGCACAGCUGCCACAUGCCGGGCUUCUCAAGAAGGUCGCGGAUGCUAUGAAGGACUUGUGCAAGGACGUCAACUUCGAUUGUUCUGAAAGAGGCAUCCAGGUGCAAUCGAUGGACAGCUCACACGUCGCCCUGGUCUCCUUGAACCUGAAAGAGUCGGCUUUCACAGACUUCAAGUGCGAGCGCCCGGCACUCCAACGGACCACGGCAUUCCAACUCCAACUGAAGUCCGUGAUGGAGAGGACGUCGCCCGUCGAGCCGGAGGAUCAAAGAGGAGAAGCAAACACGGGAGAUGCUCACCUUGCCCAUGAUCUGGAUCAAGGCUCUGGUGAGGACUCGAUGUCGUGGCGGUGGUCCCGCCACCGCCAGUGCAUGGAGAUGCUCGUGCGACAAGAAUGCGAGCAAGAGCGCCGCGAAGAGCAGCUCAAGGAACUUCAAGACAAGCUGCGCAAGGAGACUGAGCGCAGGAUCGAAGCGGAGGACAGAGUUACGCGCCUCAUAGGGGUAAUCGACUCUAUCGGAAGUGGGACGAGAAUGCCGCUGGGCCAGUUUAGGCUGAGGGCUGGCGUGUGCCAGCGAAGCAUGCUGCGGCCAAGGGAGGAGUUGGAACUGAAGGUCGCCAGUCUCUCAGUCAAGAGCCACGUCUUGGAGGAAAACGCACAGAAGCACGAAGAGGAGAAGAACGAGUUGAAGCGCCGUUACGGCAGGCUCCUAGCUCACGGGCAGCGUUUGCAUGAGGAGAACGUGAGCUUGAAAAAGAAGUGUGCAGACCAGCUCAAGCAGCUGGAGGAACUGCACCUGGAGCGCCUUCGAGAGGGCCUCAAGACCAUGCUCGAGAUCCAAGGAAUGGAUUACGAGGAGUUCAUGCAGGAGAUUGCAAAGGAACUGGCAGAGGAGAGCUCGAUGCUGUCGUCGAGUGAGCAAGCACCGCAAAGCAAGGAUCAGGACUGUUCCGCAUCCUUGGGGAUGAACGUGGACUCCUUGACAAAGAUCCUGAAGAUGACGAGCCCAAACGAUUCGCUCAAAAUCCGCCACCAGGUCGACUCGGAUGUCGUGGGCUUCCAAUGUGAGGGUUCGGAUGACCGGAUCUCGGAGUUCGAACUGAAGCUCAUGCAGAUCGAGAGUGAGCACAUGGAGAUCCCUGAGCAGCACUACAAGGUCAUCGCGAAGCUGCCAUCCUCGGAGUUUCAAAAGAUCUGCCGCGACCUGAAGGAGUUUGGGGAAACUCUGCAGCUGAGCGGCAGCAAGGAGGGCCUGAAAUUCCAGGUGAAGGGCGACAUCGGUAGUGGGAAUGUCCUGCUGAAGCCUCGCGAGAGCGAGAAGCCCGAGGACAAGGUGAGCCUGACCAUCCAUGAGCCGGUGAACGCAACCUUCGCCUUGCGAUAUUUGGUGAACUUCUCUAAGGCCUGCGUCCGGCUUCUCCAAGCCGGGAGAAGAUCCAUAAUGACACAGAGUGUAUCUGACUGUAUCUGA